AUGCUGCUUCCAAGAUGGUUUGCAGAAGCAAUCUUGCUCCUAAUUCCAAUUCUUGCAACUACAAACGCUGCAUUCAUCGGCGUAAACAUCGGCACAGAUCUCACCAACAUGCCAUCACCACCAGACAUCGUAACCCUUCUCAAAUCGCGACAAAUCACACACGUCCGUCUCUACGACGCCAACAGCCACCUCCUCAAAGCCUUCGCCAACACAACCAUCGAAGUAAUGGUCGGUGUCACCAACGACGAGAUCCUCAAAAUCGGACGGUUCCCUUCAGCAGCAGCCUCAUGGGUCAACAAGAACGUCGCUGCCUAUAUACCAUCAACCAACAUAACCGCCAUCGCUGUCGGCAGCGAAGUCCUCACCACAACACCACACGUGGCUCCCAUUCUCGCCUCUGCUCUCAACAACAUCCACAAGGCACUCGUCGCUACAAACCUCAACUUCCAGGUCAAAGUCUCGUCCCCCAUGUCUAUGGACAUAAUGCCUAAACCUUUCCCUCCAUCAACAUCAACCUUUAGCCCGUCCUGGAACACGACUGUGUACCAGCUUCUCCAGUUUCUCAAGAACACUGGCUCCUUCUUCAUGCUAAACGCGUAUCCUUACUACGGCUACACGACCGCGAACGGGAUCUUCCCGCUAGAUUACGCGCUGUUCAAGCAGCUCUCUCCUGUGAAGCAGAUUGUUGACCCAAACACGCUUCUGCAUUACAACAGCAUGUUCGACGCUAUGGUUGACGCUGCUUACUACUCCAUGGAAGCUCUGAAUUUCUCGAAGAUCCCCGUCGUCGUGACGGAGACAGGCUGGCCUUCUUCCGGUGGGAGCGACGAAGCAGCUGCGACGGUGGAGAACGCGGAGACGUUCAACGGUAAUCUGAUCAGCCGCGUGUUGAACAGCUCUGGACCUCCGAGUAAGCCAGACAUGCCGAUCAACACGUACAUCUACGAGCUUUACAACGAGGACAAGCGGUCAGGACCGGUUAGCGAGAGAAACUGGGGGGUUUUGUUUCCGAACGGUACGUCGGUUUAUCCACUGAGCUUGACCGGUGGUGGUGGUGGUGGUGGCGGUGAGUCCGCGGGUGUGAAUGGUUCUGCUUCGUCGUUGUUGUUCUGCGUGGCGAAAGCGGAUGCUGAUGAUGAUAAGCUUGAAGAUGGUUUGAAUUGGGCUUGUGGUCAAGGUCGAGCUAACUGCGCAGCGAUUCAACCGGGACAGUCGUGUUAUCUUCCUAAUGAUGUCAAGAGCCAUGCUUCGUUUGCUUUCAAUGAUUAUUACCAGAAGAUGAAGAGUGCUGGUGGGACUUGUGAUUUUGAUGGUACGGCCAUCACUACGCCUAGAGAUCCUAGUUAUAGAACAUGCGCAUAUACGGGAAGUUCAAACGCAACGGACUUUCCUCCAGCGUUAGGACCUGUAAGUCCAUUGGGAGGGAACGCAAACGCGCUUAUCAUCUCUAUUUACCAUCUUCCCUUCUCGGCACCGUUAGCUUUCACACUACUGCUACUACUGUUGCUCCAGCCUAACCGCCUUUUGUAG